AUGUGUGACGAUGAUGUAGCUGCUCUCGUGGUAGAUAAUGGUUCCGGGAUGUGCAAAGCCGGCUUCGCUGGUGAUGAUGCUCCAGAGCUGUCUUUCCCUCGAUCGUUGGUCGCCCACGACAUCCAAGGUGUCAUGGUUGGAAUGGGUCAGAAGGAUUCCUAUGUCGGAGAUGAGGCCCAGUCGAAGAGGGGUAUUUUGACACUUAAAUACCCAAUUGAACAUGGAAUUGUGACCAACUGGGAUGAUAUGGAGAAGAUUUGGCAUCACACCUUCUACAACGAGCUUCGUGUUGCCCCUGAAGAGCACCCUGUUCUCCUUACGGAAGCUCCUCUCAAUCCGAAGGCUAACCGGGAGAAAAUGACCCAGAUCAUGUUCGAAACUUUCAACACACCGGCCAUGUAUGUAGCUAUUCAAGCCGUGUUGUCAUUGUAUGCGUCAGGUCGCACGACUGGUAUCGUCCUUGAUACUGGGGAUGGAGUCACCCACACUGUACCUAUCUACGAGGGUUAUGCUUUACCGCACGCAAUUCUGCGUUUGGACUUGGCGGGUCGUGAUCUCACUGACUACAUGAUGAAAAUACUGACCGAGAGAGGAUAUUCCUUCACAACCACUGCCGAGAGGGAAAUCGUGAGAGAUAUCAAGGAGAAACUUUGUUAUGUUGCGCUCGACUUUGAACAAGAAAUGGCUACCGCUGCAUCGUCGUCAUCGCUUGAGAAGAGUUAUGAGCUUCCUGAUGGACAGGUUAUCACCAUUGGUAAUGAGCGGUUCCGAUGUCCGGAGGCGUUGUUCCAACCGUCGUUCCUCGGAAUGGAGUCAACUGGAAUCCAUGAAACCACUUACAACUCCAUUAUGAAGUGCGACGUCGAUAUCCGAAAGGACUUGUACGCCAAUACCGUUCUCUCUGGUGGUACAUCGAUGUUCCCUGGAAUCGCGGAUCGAAUGCAAAAAGAGAUAACAAACCUCGCACCAAGCACCAUGAAGAUCAAGAUUAUUGCACCACCUGAGCGCAAAUACUCUGUAUGGAUUGGAGGAUCUAUUCUCGCUUCCCUGUCGACGUUCCAACAGAUGUGGAUUUCCAAGCAAGAGUACGAUGAAUCUGGGCCGUCUAUUGUUCACCGCAAGUCGUAA